GAGGUCCCUGCCCCCACUGCACUUUAUAAACUCCUACCUAACAAGAACAAUCUGUGUGCAGGCCAGAGAGCGCAGACACUCUUGGGGGAAACUAAAGGGGGGGAGGAGAACAGAGGAGAGGCAGAAGGAGGGAUUUGUCCUCCUGGUUAACGACAUCUUUUUUUGCGGCUAUCCAGACAAAUCUGCAGCCUGAAAUCUGAAACUGCACAAGUGGUGUGGCUUUCCCAGCUCUUGCCACUCUGUGCUCUCUCUCCCUCUCUGUUCACUUUUUCCACGUUGGUUGCAGCCAUCCUCAGUCAGAGGCGACUCCAGUGGAGACACUUCUUCUGCCACAGUGGACGAUCCUGAGGGGACACGAUGCUCCCCAUGGCCCUUCAUCUGACCACUCUGUGGUUGGUGUUUUGCCUCGGCAGCAGCUCGGCCACACCUCUACCUUUUUACAAUCUUCUAGAGGGAAGCACAGAUGAGGAAGAGCUCACUAACUCCACUUCCUCUCCGCCCACCAGCAACAGUUCCUCAGAGUACCAAACCACCCCAGCUGGCCCCAUGCAUGUGGAAACUAAGUUUCUAAAUCAGGUUAUCGACUUUCUGGAGGAGAACAUGCUCCUCAUCCUUGUUGCAUGCUCUUUCAUCCUUCUCUUCUUCCUAAUCAUCUGCGGAGCCAUUUUCAUGAGUCGCAGGCGCAAAGUCAAUGCCUACUACCCUUCAUCCUUCCCCUCAAAAAUGUACGUGGACCACAGGGACAAAAUUGGAGGUGCUAAACUCUUUAAUGAAGUGCCAGAAAAAGCUGCACCUGAGCAGGAAGGUGAGCCAGUCGACUCUCACAAGCAACUCCAGGCAGACAUCAUGAGGGCAGCAAAGAGCCUGCGCACACCAAAUAAAUCUACUGCUGCUGCAGAAGGAGGUGACCUCUGCCAAAGAGAUGCAGACCAAAGUCCUGAGGACAGCUCAAAACCAGAUGGUAGCAUCCUGGACCAGCAGCUUGAAAGUCUCCCUGAGGGAACAGAGCCAUGUGAGUUUCCAGAGAGUGAAAAAGCAGCAGCAGCAGGAAGCACAGAUCUGAUUCCUCCACAGGGGCAAGAUGAUGAUUCGCAGGAGCCCCUGACUGGAAGGAGUCUGCGGCCCCCCUCUAUGCAUAUUCACAAUGACUCUGCCACUCUUCAGCUCAUCGAAGGAGAAAAAACUGCCUUCUAACUGAUCUAAACACACUCAGCUGGGUACAUAUUUGAAAACGCUUUGAUUUCAUGAAUGAAAACUAUCAAUAAACAUUUCAAAAUGCGUCUCCAGUGGGAAAUCUACAAAAGUGACCGAAAUUCAGCCAUACAGGUUUUUUGGUUUGUUGCAUUAUGUAUGUAUUCAGUGUAAGAGGAUACAUUCAGUAGCCUGUUGCCUAGCUAUGACUUUAUAUAUUAUUAAUGCUUUAUUACAAACAUGUGUCAUGGAGUACUGUUAUUUGAUGUACGUCAUAAAACAUUUCUGUUCAUGGUGGGAUUUGUGUGUUAUCCAAAUAUAUCAUGCUUUCUUUUUUUUGUUUUCUUGAUAAUUUAUUAUGGUAUACCCCAAAGUGCUCUGUACAUUACAGACCGUUAUUUGAAUGUUUUAGAAUCAUAUACAACAAUAAAAUAUAACACUUUCUUUUC